CAGCGGCUAUUGGAGCCUGGAGGAAAGCUAUGGAGGCUGAGGAAAACGAACCCACAAGCCAAAGAACAAAAAGGGUCAGAAGGCAAGAGAUAUUGGAAAAAAAGAAGGCUGCGGAUGACAUAAUCAGAGCUGCUUCUUCACAAAAGGAUCAUCUUUCUUCGUUUCCCCAGUAUCGCCAUUAUCGCACAAAUGGACUGUCUGUGUACUUGGGGUCUGGACUUGGGGAUAAGCUCUCAUUCCAUCUGAAGCAGUACAUACAGAAACUUCUCAAGGUAAACAUGGAGGGACCAUAUGGAUCAGAGUGGCCGACGGAAGAGAAAGUGAAGCGGAAGGAAAUGGUUGCUCCAGAAGCACGUUAUAUAUUUGUAUAUGAGGAUACAAAUGUAGAUGGUAGUCAAAUUUCUUCCAUGCCAGAGAAUGAGAAGAGUUCAAGUCAUACAGAUGCAAUUGUUGGAUUUGUACAUUACCGAUUUAUUAUGGAGGAAGAAGUACCAGUUCUUUAUGUGUAUGAAUUACAGCUCGAAAGUCGUGUUCAGGGAAAGGGACUUGGGAAGUUUUUGAUGGAUCUAGUUGAGCGAAUUGCCAUCAAGAACAGAGUGGGUGCUGUGAUGCUUACUGUACAAAAGAAAAACUUAUUAGCAAUGAACUUUUAUAUGGCUAAACUUGGGUACAUUGUGUCUGCUAUUUCACCAUCGAGAGUCUAUCCAUUGACAGGAUUAGAGACAAGUUAUGAGAUUCUUUGUAAAGCAUUUGAAGCUAAAUCUGCAUUUGAGGUUCGUACUUUCUCCCUAGCCAUAUGCUGUCUCAAGCAAUGCUGUAGAAUAUAACUUAUGGGUUCUGCUUGAGAGAUAGUGAAGCAUUCUAUUCUGAAGCAAGUGUAUUUUUGCAUUUAAACAUGUGAACAAGGGUUAAGGUUGGUGUAGUUAAUUCUUCGUCAACUUCUGUUUCCUUGGUGUUUCUGAAAGACCACAAAUUCGAUUUAGCAUAUGUUAAUGGCAUUAGCUUUUGUUUUAAUCUCGACACAUCUUUCUCUAGGAUAGAGAUUGCAAGCUUAAUUGUGACCCAGUUGCACUUAAAUCAUGGUUGAACAUUGAAUUAUCUCAAUUUAAGCCCGCUGUCCACUUGUAACCAAUUUUUGUUCGUUCCAUGAAGGAGAGCCAAUGACUAGAGUGACAGCUUGACUGGAAUUCCUUCAAGUUGCCUUGUUCUUUGUAUCAAAGUUUCAACCUCAUUCCUGAGGGAAGAUGAGAGGUUUGUCUAGAGGUAGCAUGAAAAGUGCAAUCUUCAGACAAGGAAUUUAUAUCUCUUAUAGGUCCAUUUUAGUUUCUGCGUUUAGCAAAAGUGUGUCAUAAUGUUAUCGGAAUUAGCUUUUGUGUAUCUUAGGGACAUUUCAAUGUUGUCCUCCUAGGUAAUUUAACGUCUUUGUCCGAAUUCUAGCUCUGGAUUAAAGUUGAGACUGCAUUAUUCUAUUACUGAGGGGUCAGAAGAUGAAAAAGCUAUUGGAAAAGCAUUGUUACAGCUCAUGUUCAUUUCUCCCAGAAUCUUGAUUUCUAGCAACAGGCAAUUUGGAUGCAUUUGUUUGAUC